GAGAGAAGAGCCGAGAGGUACGAGAGAGGUUAAGAGGUAAGAGAGAAAAGCUAAGAGAGAGGUUAAGAGAGGUUUAAGAUAGAAAAGCUAAGAGAGCAAAGUUCUUGUUACAAUCCAAUCUAUCUUUUUCUAUAGUGAAUAUUCUAAUUCCCAGUAACCAAUCACUACGAGAUACACCCACUAAAGAUUUUACAUACAGUGUUGCAUUUGAGGUUCUACAAGCUUUACGAGUUCUUCCCUUGCUUCUUGACCUUUGGGCUUUCUGUCAGCAGAAGGACAUUGUUUUAUCAGCAGGAUUCUCCUUUAGCUGGCUAGGCUAUUGUUCUUUGGUCAUACAGUAACCAGUACUCUGUAUCUUAUGACUCAAAGCAGGCUUUCGUUUCUACUUCGAUUCUAGCCUUCUUUUUUCAGAAUCUUCUGCCAAACCAUCACAUUCAUAAGGUUUCCCUGUUUCACCCUCCCCAACAGGCAGCAAGUUGUGCUGCGCUCUGAUAAUUCCAUACUCAACCUGUUCCUCAUUUCUUAAAGGUUCACUUCAGCCUUGAAUCAGCAGGUCCCUAGGUUUGGUUUUUUAGGAUGCCAUUCCUGUUAGAUUUUCCCCUGUGAAGACCUGAGUAUGUCCAGUUUGACCUCCAGGAUAAUGAAGGGAGAGGAGCUCCCGUUGAUUCAAGAGUGAAGCAAGGCCCCCAUUCUUGGCCUGGGGCUGUUUCAAAUGGGGAGGGAUCAGUGUCCUGACUUCUCUCUCUCAGAGGCAGGGUUCCUGGACGAGGUGACCCAGGACAGCUUCGUGCUGGGCCCGGGCUACGACCGCCCCUAGCAGCUGGAGCCCGCGGUGAGGGAGCCCAAGAGCAUCCAGCUGUACCAGCACCUCAGCCUCAAGAGCUGCAUCUGGACCUUCGACGCUUAUUACGACAUGACCGAGUUAAUUGAUGUCUGUGGGGGCUCUGUCACCGCUGACUUCCAGGUAAGGGACUCUGCCCAGUCCUUCCUGACAGUCCACGUCCCUCUCUCCGUGUCCUACAUCUGUGUGACGGCACCGAGGGGCUGGGCUUCCCUGGAGCACCGCACCGAGAUGGAGUUCUCCUUCUUCUACGACACCGUUCUCUGGAGGACAGGGAUCCAGACGGACAGCGUGCUCUCGGCCCGCCUGCAGAUAAUCCCCAUCUACACCCGCGAGGACGGACGGCUGGUCAGCGAGUUCAGGACGCAGGCCAAGUUCAGAGCGCUGUUUGUCACGGAGCACCACAGCCUGCCAGAUGUCAGGUCCUCUUUGAGAACUCCAGAGCACCUGGGAGGCAUCGAAUUUGACCUGCAGCUGCUGUGGAGUGCUCAGACUUUUGAUUCUCCCUACCAGCUCUGGAGAGCAACCAGCUCCUACAACAGGGUCUCCUGUCUGUUCCCAGGAAGGAUUACUCUGGAGAAUACACCAUGUUCCCGAUCCCCUGCACGGUGCAGCCCACGCAGCCGUGGGCAGAGCCUGGAGCCAAGCCCCUGCCCUGCACGGCUCACGCUCCCGAGCGGUAAGAGGGCAGGAGGGCAGGCUCGGCCCCUUUGGGGUGCACACCUGUCCAGACCUCAUCUCCCCUUUGUUUCCUUCCUUGUCCCAAUUGCAGGUUUUUGAUCCUGAUCACCUUCCAGCAGACAAGCCGCCCAGUUCCAGUUGUUUACUCCCAGAACGCAAGAGUUUCAGAUCUGUAACGACGAGAAGGUUUUUCUAAUGGACCCCACCAAAUCGGAAAGGUCUCUGGCAGAAAUGGAUUACAAGGGGGGCUUUUUCCAAGGGUAGGAUUUACCUCUCCUCUUCUGCUUGUGCCCAGCGUUUCUGCUUUCACAGCUUCCAUUCCCUGGAGAGGAAAGGGCAAAACCCACAGGUAGCUUUGCCUCUUCUACAGCAAUCAUUGACAUCUUACAGCCCUGUGAAAGAACAGCGUGCUCUGGCACCGCGUUUUGUCACUCCCACCCACCGAGCCCUUCCCAAACAACCCAAACCCUUCUGAACACGGACACUUGGCUCUAGCAGCGUUUUCCUGCUUGGGAAAUUUCACCUGCCCCUCUUUGUCCCGACCUCCCCAGGGCAGAUCCUGUACGGGCACGUGCUCUGGCACCCGGAACAAAACCUCAACGCUGCUUACAAGCUGCAGCUGGAGAAGGUCAACCUGUGCACAGGCAGGGAUGGCUACGUGCCCUUCCUCGACCCCACGGGUACCGUCUACAACGAGGGGCCCCGGUACGGCUGCAUCCAGCCCAACAAGUACCUGAAACACCGAUUCCUCCUCCUGGACCAAAACCAGCCAGAAGUGAGGGAUAAGUAUUUCCCUGAUGUGCCUUUUGACGCCCACUUUGCUUCCCAGCUGUCCGAGUUCCACUCGGUGAGCAGCAUGCCCGGAGUUGAUGGAUUUACUCUCAAGGUGGACGCUCUCUACAAGGCACUCAUGAGAAGGCUCUUUAAAAACACAUUAUUCGUGUUCCUGAAGGAAUUAAUGCCAUCGCAAAGGCAGGACACCUCACGGGGUGGUCCGUGCUCCCGAGGAGCUCCCCUUGAACACCCGAGGUGGAGCUGCCCCGGGGCGCCCCGAAGGCGGCGGGCGGCCGCUGCUGCACCGUCAGGAACCUUCAUCCACCGAGGGACGCGGCGGCCUCUGCCAGGGCCAGGGCAGGAAAGUGAAGCAGGUGCACAUGGAAGUCAAAGUCCACGGCAAUUUGCACGACGGCACGGAAGUUUCAUGGAGCACACGCAUUGGGAAAAGCUUUUUAUAAACUGUAAAAUAAAGAUAAUCCAAAACUGAAAA